GUCAGUAUUUUACAAUUCUAUGUCAAUACUACGUUUUUGGGACAACAACCCGGCCUACCGAUAACUACCGAUAAACUUUUAGUGACCCUACCGAUAUUAAGGAAUUCUAUCUGGCCACCCUGAUCCCAAUCAGCUGUUGUUUGUUUAUUCGCUGACUUUCCAAAAAUAAUAUUUUAAUUUUGUUCCUAAAAUGCUCGACAAAGUAAAACACAUAAUCCUUGUCCUGUCAGGAAAGGGUGGCGUGGGAAAGUCCACUGUGAGCACCCAACUUGCACUGACGUUAUCAGAAUCCGGUUUUAAGGUCGGAUUGCUGGAUAUUGAUCUAUGCGGUCCUAGUGUGCCAUACCUGCUCGGCCUAGAAGACCACGACGUACAUCAGUGUGAUGAAGGAUGGGUUCCCGUUUACACCGGUGCAGACAAGACGCUGGCCGUUAUGUCAAUUGGUUUCCUAUUGAAGAACAGAACCGAUGCUGUUAUCUGGCGAGGACCCAAGAAAACGGCAAUGAUCAAGCAAUUUCUAGAGGACGUAGCGUGGGAUGAGUUGGACUAUUUGAUAAUUGAUACCCCUCCAGGGACUUCGGACGAACAUAUUACAGUAAUGGAAUGUUUGAAAGCGGUCAAUGCAGACGGAGCGAUUAUUGUUACGACGCCGCAGGAAAUGGCGCUGGAGGACGUGCGAAAAGAAGUUACUUUUUGCAAGAAAACCGGAAUUCGAAUAAUUGGCAUUGUGGAAAAUAUGAGCGGGUUUGUGUGUCCGAAUUGUGCUGAGUGCACAAAUAUUUUUUCCUCAGGCGGUGGGGUGGCGUUGGCUGAGUUGACCAAUGUUCCCCACUUAGGCACAUUGCCUAUUGAUCCACGGGUGGGGGGAUUAGGUGGUUCCGGUAAGGCAUGUGUUAAGGAAUUUCCCGAGUGCACCACUUCUCAGGUAUUAAACAGCAUCGUGAAAAGCAUAACUGUUGAGAAAUAAAAUUGAAAUUCA